UCCACAUCGUCGAAAUCUUGACACGUAUCGUUACGUUUGCGAACCGGAGAUUCCGUGAAACAUUAAAGCUCGCGGCAUUUGCGUCCAGCCUCGGUUCCAAUCGUCACAGAGAAACCUUUCGUUGCGAAGGUGAAAACUUCUUUUUAUCUCGUAAACACCAUGGCAUCAGAGAACGAGGCGUCGGGAUUCACCAAGGAGGAGGAAUUGCUGCUGCAGGAUUUUAGCCGGAACGUAAGCACCAAGUCGAAUGUUCUCUUCUACGGCAACGCGGCAAUUGUAUCGGCGGUGCCCAUCUGGUUGUUCUGGAGAGUGCACCAGAUUGAGCUGCUGCCGUCGCUGGCGUUCUUCGUGAUCGUCACCGGACUGUGUACUUACCUGCUGGCGAUGGCCUACCGGAACACCAAGUUCACCCUGAAGCACAAAAUCGCCAACAAGCGCGAGGAUGCGGUAACGCGCGAAAUGACGGCCCUGCUGGCGGACGAUAAGAAGAUGAGCCGCAAGGAAAAGGACGAGCGCAUUCUGUGGAAGAAGAUCGAUGUGGCCGAGUACGAAGCUUCCACCUUCUCGAUCUUCUACAACAAUGCUCUCUUCUUGGCGCUGGUCAUCUUCGCCAGUUUCUAUCUGUUGCGAUCGUUCACCCCCAGCCUCAACUACAUCUUCUCGCUGGUCGGCGCCGGUGGUCUGUUGGCCCUGCUGUCGACGGGAAAACCAACGUAAAGGCUGCCCCUACUUCCCGCCUUCCUACAGCGCUUCAAUCGGAAGACAUUCGGUCAGGAGUUUGGCGAUCGAACCAUCGACUGUAUUCCGUUCCCGACCAGUAACGUAAUGAGACUAAUUCAUCUCGGGAAUGUGUGCUAUCGUUUCAUCUUGUUUUUUCACUGUUACACGAACUAAGCCAUUCACCAAUAGCGCUGAAGAUAGGUCCUCAGGCAGAAGUAAUAAUCAUACAUCGCUCAGUAAAGACUAAGUUACAGAA